CGAGUCAUUGAAUUAGAACGUUGGUUUUAUGAUAUCAAAAAACCUAUUCAUAACAUUUCUUUUUAUUUAGAAAUAAGUACGAAACAAACCGGUGAUAAUAAUAUCAAAUCAAUUGAAAAUCAACGUGAUGAUGAACUUCGACAAUUACAGGAACAUAUCGUAAUAUUAACAACUCAAUAUGCUCAAUUGGAUGAAGCUAAUCGUGCAUGGCAACAAUUUCAACAAACUCAACUUGAUAAUUUUCGAAAUAAAUUUCAACAUAUUUUAUUCAUUGAUAAUCAUUUAUCACUUGAUCAAAUUUCAAUCAACAUGAAUCUACUGAUUUUUCAUAAUCUUGUAUCUGUUCAAUCAGCAUCUUCAUCUAUCGAUAAAAAUGAUGAAGAACUUUAUCAACUUCGAGAAAAUAUUCUUACUCUUUCUAAUAAAUAUGUUGAACUUGACGAAGCUAACCAUGCAUGGCAACUGUUUUAA